AUGUCGGAGGGCCUUCACAACCAUUCGACGACUAGCAGUUCCCAGCACAGGCUCAGCAAGCAUUACGCAGUCCUCGACACUCUCAUUAACACGCGCCUUCAGCGGACUGUCGCUUCGAACGAAUACCACUACAUCUCUAUCGACGACUUCUUCACUCCUCAGCAGAAAUACUAUCCAACCCUUGGUACCAAUGCUAUCCAGGUCGACUAA